UCUCUCUCGAGUUCGAUUCGUCCGACCUCGAGUGUACGGAUUUCUGUACGGGUUUUGGUUGCAUCUCUCGAAUUCGACCGAUUGUAGGGUUGUAGGCGUGCUCGAUCGAGAUUAGGGUUUCGGGGGCCCGGAAUUCCGUGGGUUUCUCCGGCGGCCGCUGCUGCCUGCGGGGAUUAGUUUUUUCUGAAGCUGGAGCUUGAUUCGGUCGGUGGAGCUGCUGAAAGGCGGAUUUUUUUGGUAGCUCGGCGGCGUUGAGUGAGCUGGGGUAUGGAAAGUUUGGAUCUUGGAGCUUAGUUCAGAGGGAAUUUUCGAAGCUAGGGUUUCGAGAGUGGUGAAUUGGGGCAAAUUGUGGUUGGAGGGGUUUUUGGGGUUUGGAUGAGUUUCUAGGGUUUCCAGGGUGCUAAGAAAGGAAAAAGAUGUUCUACUCUCAGUUUAUAUUGGCCAAGAAAGGGCCACUUGGAACGAUAUGGAUCGCAGCUCAUCUGGAGCGGAAGCUGAGGAAGAAUCAGGUUGCGGAUACUGAUAUCGGUGUCUCAGUAGAUUCUAUUCUUUUUCCUGAAGUUCCGAUCGCACUUCGGUUGUCUAGCCAUCUUCUACUAGGUGUGGUGAGGAUAUAUUCUCGGAAGGUCAAUUAUCUUUUCCAUGACUGCAGCGAGGCUCUGCUCAAGAUAAAACAAGCCUUUAGGUCGACUGCAGUUGAUCUCCCUCCAGAAGAAUCUACUGCACCCUAUCAUUCCAUUACUUUGCCAGAGACCUUUCAUCUGGAUGAUUUUGAACUACCUGAUAGUGCAUACCAGGGUGACUUUGUCGACCGCCAUGUCAGUUCCAAAGAGCAGAUUACACUUCAAGAUACUAUGGAUCGCACAGGAUAUUCAACAUCGCAAUUUGGACUGGAUGAAAGAUUUGGUGAUGGAAAUGCAUCUCAGAUUGGCUUAGACCUUGAUGAGGACUUAUUCUUGGACAAGCAUCUCUCACCUCAGGAUGCGUCAGCUCCACGGGGCUCAGAUGACUGUACCAUGCAUCAGGGUCAGUCCUCGUUUUCUCUUGCUGACAUGGAAAUUGAUGAUGGUAAAAGUGGGUUCGAUGAGGAUAUGGGUGUUGAAACCCCGAAGGAUUUGUCUGAACUUUUUAAGGAUUCUGACAAGAAUAUACUUCCAAGAAAUGAUGGCACUUCGCAGUGGCAUGGGUACAAUAUUCAAACUCCUGAUCUUAAUGAAGUGUUUUUUCAAAACGGUCAUAUUGAAGGCCCCACUGCAGUACCCAAUCAAAUUGAUUUUGUUAGCCCCGCCGAUGAAGUUACAUCCCCUGAGUUGGUGGAAUGUGCUCAGGCUCCAUCUACUCCUGGUUUAAUGGAAGAGACAAUUUCAGCCGCUGCACAUGAAAGUCCUGCUUUGAGUCCACAAAGCAAAAUUUCACCAUUAACUGAACCGAAGGCUGCUUCUCUUGCACAACAAUGUUCAAGUGGCUUUGUAGCUGCACCUGAUGAACCUCAUUCAGAAUGUGAACAGAAGAGUGCAGAUAAUCUAUAUAAUGAUAUUGUUUGUGAUGAAGUGAAAGACCUGCCAGUUGCCAAUCAGAUUCACGAGAAUGGGGAGACCAUACUUCCUGAAGUAGCUCCCUUGGAUGGCCUGGCAUCUGUGACUAAUACUGAUGUAAUGAUUGUGGCUUCCAACUUAUCUACUGAAAAUAUACUGGAAUCAGGAGUGCAUUUAAUUACCAACAACACUUCACUCGAGGAUAAUGCUGAGUCAUCAGUUCUCAGUAAACAAGACCAUACAGAAGAUAUUGACCCUCAUUCCAAUAAUAAUGCAUCUUUACUCAACACUGAUAGUCAUUUGAGAUCUUGUUCCUCAAGACCGAAUCAAGCCAAUUCAUUGUCUCCAGAAGAUGUUUUAGUAGAGAACACCUCCGAGCUUUAUCAAGAACCUGGGGGGCCUUCAGGAACUCCAGUGAGACAGGAGGCACUUCAUGUUAGUGAAUCUUCUUUUGAUUUGCAAGGUGAAGAUUUCAACAUGACUAAUGUACCAAACACUGGUCUUGAGGUGCACCAGCAGUCAGGACAAGCAUUAUCAGAACAUGUACCUGGUGUUAGCAAGGAAAAUGAGCUAUUGUCUGGUCCAAUUUGUAAAGAUACCUUGCUGGAUCAGUUAAAUUGUGCUUCAAGUUCCGAAUUUCCAGAACCUGAAAAAAUGCUUUUAGCUCCAGCUGGGAAUGUUGACCAGGUUAAUGAAUUAGGACCGCUUACAUCAGAAAAGGGGGUAAUAGAGUCUGAUGGAAGUGCUAACAGGCUCAGUAGCCUUUCUGGUAAAAAACGUCAUUUAAUGGAUAGCACACCGAUGCUGAGAAAUGGCACUUCCACAAGGAUGUCUGGCAAACCACAAAUUAGAAGAAACACUGAUUAUGUGCCUGAUGAUGAUGAUCUGUUGGCAUCAAUUUUAGUUGGAAGGACUCCAGUCUUGAGGAUAGGACCUACUCCACCACCCGCCAAAGCAGCUUCUCUAAAACGCCCUAGGGUAACAACCAGACUAGGCAUGCCCAAGAGAAAGGUGCUAUUGGAUGAUACUACAGUCUUACAUGCUGAUGCAAUACGGCAACAAUUGAUUAAUACUGAAGAUAUUCGCCGCAUGCGAAAGAAGGCUCCAUGUACUCGUCCUGAUAUUUGGAUUAUUGAGAAAAGUGUAUUAGAAGAUGAAAUUUUCAAUGAAUCUAUAAUUACUGGUGUAUCUGUAAAGCUGAACAGCUUACACAGUCGAAGAUAUGUUUCAGAAAUUGAUGAAUCUCAUUAUCAUGCUGACUCAAUAAAAGAGGUUGAGCUUUCUAGAAGCUUAGAGUUUGUUAGGGAAACUAAUGGGAAAGAAAUGGCCGAGUCGGCUCCAGUUAUGCCAAACAAAGCUGAUGGUGAACUACAGGGACCAUCAGGCACAUCUGUAGCAAUCAAGACACAGUUUAACAAAGACUCCGGUGAAUAUGAUGCUCAAGAGCAUUUAGGAUCGCUACCUGAUCUGCCUCAGUGGGAUUUAUCAAACAAUAACCCACCAUCUACAAUUACAGUGACAGAAAACAAUGUGCAGGAUAGAAAUGCUGAAGUUGACAUGUCCAUACCCACAACUGCACUUUUGAGGCCUGAAUGUGAAACCACUACUGAUAAUGGAGUUGAAGAGGCUGCAGUUCAUGAAAAUGAAUAUACUGCUGAAUUCUCUAAGAAGAUUGAUGAUAUAUGCAUGCAUUCAGAGCAGCAAUCACAGCAUGAGUUGAUACAACCUGCCAAUAAGCUCAUAGAGAUGAACAAUAAAGCAUUACAGAUAACUGAAAACACUUCAUUUAUUGGCUUGGCUUUUGCUGAGGAUGAAACCAGAGGAGCUUCUGUCAUGGAGGGAAAUGGGAGUGUAGCAGAUGCAAUAAAUGUAAAUUGCCCACAAGAUGCUCAUUCUGAUGCUGGCAGAAAUGGGCAUGAUGAGACAUUAGUCUCUGUACAAAACAGUUGUUUACUUGAAGUGGAGGCAGGUUUACAAACAGACCUGACUGCCAAUAGAGAUUCGAACUCUUCUAUCCCCGGCGUGGCCAUGGAAAAUGGUGAAACUGCUGACCCAAGCGGUGUAACUAGUCAUCAGACCAUGGAGGGAAAGGAAGAUGGUUUAGAUGCUAAAGUGCAGGAUGGAGCUGUGGUGCAGAAAGACUCGAGCAAUGAAGUAAACCCAUUUCAACCAAAUACAGAAAUCGAAAAUGUUCCAUCUGCAAUUGGAGAAAAUUCUGGCUUUCAGGAAUUUAAUGUAGAUGGUGGUGUGGAUGUGGAAAGUGCUCCCAUGGAAGUUGCUGCUGCAAAAGAAUAUAGUGAUUUUAGCAGUGCCGUCGGUGGCAAUGAUACAGAGUUUCUUAAUGUAGACGAUGAAGCAGACUAUGAUGAUGCAGCAGAUCAUGAUAUGCCAAAUCCUGAAGUGGCACAGUCACUUGAAAACAGUGGUUGGUCUUCUCGGACAAGAGGCGUCGCAAGGUAUUUGAAAACUUUGUUUGAUGAAGAAUCUGGACGUGGCAAAAAAAUCGUUGCCAUGGAUCACCUUUUGGCUGGUAAAACUCGCAAAGAAGCAUCAAGAAUGUUCUUUGAGACUUUGGUUCUGAAAACAAGGGAUUACAUUCAUGUUGAACAGGAUAACCCUUUUGAAUGCGUCAACAUCAAACCUAGAAUAAAGCUCCUAAAGUCAGAGUUCUAAUGCAAGAGGCACGUCAUAGUAUAAAUAACCUUGUAUUUCUAAUUUAACCUGAUGCUCGCUCCACCCUUUUCGUUGUUCAGUUACCUCAUCUUGAUUUUUACACGGUUAUGUCUUUUAUUAUUUCCUUCUAUUGUACUGAUCUCUUAGCUUGGGUGGAGCGGAGUUGGUCCAUGUGUUUGUAUACCACUUAUAUCUUCUGUAUAUGUAUAUUUGUAAAUCAAAUCAUUUAAUGUUAGUAUUCUAUAAAGUACUAACGGGUCUUCAUGUUCCUUUAUUCAGAAACCUAGUACUUUCGGAC